AUCACACUCAAGCAGUUUGCUUAAGGCUCUCCAAACAAAGACGUUUUCCAGAAUCUAACUCAAAAUGUCUACAGUCAAAGCAACUUCGUUCUUGCUUAUCUCUAUUGCUACAAUAGUAGCACUUGUAUCCAUCAGUGGCAUCGAAGCAAAUCCUCAACUCGAUAUCUUAGGUGGUUACGACAUGUUGGGCGUCUGCAUCAACAACUGCGCCCAGUGUAAGAGGAUGUUUGGAGAAUUCUUCGAAGGUCGCCUCUGCGCCGAGUCUUGCAUCCAGUUCAAGGGCAAGAUGGUCCCGGAUUGUGAAGAUAUCAACUCCAUUGCACCGUUUCUCACCAAGUUGAACUGAUUAAACACGAUGAACUGACAUGUGUAUCGAUCUAGAUAUUAAUUAGCCAUGAAAUAUAACCGUUGAAUUCUGAAGCUCCAAUCAACAUCAUUCACUUUAUAACAUUUCACACUUUUUUUCAUUUAUAUGUGUAUUUCAUGAACUAGUUCAACAUCCUUAAAGAUACAGAAAUUCAAACCCAAUAAUUUCACCCUCUUCAAUCCAUUCACCAUCCGGUAGCCCUUUCCAAUAAUCUUUUGCAAGUUUCUUUCCUUCCUCUUUCACUCGGUAGUGGUCAGUCUAACACAAAGUCAGCUUCCCAUCCCGCAGAGCCAUUCCACAGAAGGAGUUCGCCAUAAAUCAAUUAUACGACCCAAUAAGAGCAAAGUCCGAAUCUUUUUUUUUGCAUCGAACCGUCCUGAUCGGGUCUAAUAAACUCAUAAACUUAACACAGUUG